UGGACCAGCGCUCACUGUGGACCACUGGAGACUCGCCGGAGAAUUUAGAGGGAAAAAAAAGCAAACAAACCAAACAAACGAAAAACAAGAAUGAAUUCUGAAGAGUGUUCCAUAACAGAGGACAGCUCUUCACGUCUGGAGAGAGGACAGAGGGACAAUGGCACCAGUAUGAGUUUCCAGAAGCAUCACGAAGGAUCCAUCCAAGUCCCUAUCCCUUGGGCUGUAUUGGCCGUGGUCAUCAUCACUUCCUUAAGUAUAACUAUCAUUGCCUUGCAAGUGGGCAAGUACAAUUGCCCUAGCCUGUAUAACAAUUUGGAGUCAUCUGAGCACCAUGUUGCUUCCUGCGAGGAUGAUUGGGUUUCAUACCAGAGGAAAUGCUACUUUUUCUCCAGCACAACCAGGAGUUGGCCCUCAGCCCAAAACUCCUGUUCUAAAGAUGGUGCUACUCUUGCUGUUAUUGAUUCCAAAAAGGACAUGGUAUUUCUGAAGCGAUAUGCUGGUGGACUGGAACAUUGGAUCGGGCUGAAAAAUGAAGCUAAUCAGACAUGGAAAUGGGCAAAUGGCAAAGAAUUUAACAGCUGGUUCAACCUGACGGGGUCUGAGGGGUGUGCGUCCCUAAACAACACAGACGUUGCUGCCGUCGACUGUGCGGCUAACUUACACUGGGUCUGCAGCAAAUCCUCCAGAUGACAAGGAAGCAGGAGUCUCUGCAGGACUGUGCCUCGGCACCACAGGAAACUCGGUGACUGGAUGCUCCCCUGUGGUUAAAUAUCCCACAGAGACCUCACAAACCAACUUCACACCGUCUUUGAACUCCUCCAGACAGGACUGUGGGACACGAGGGAGAGGAACUCCAGGAUGAUCCCUUUGACCAUGACCUGAAAAUGUCACCUGCUGACUGAUAAUCACAUCAAACAGUGAGAGGACAGCUACGAAGCCUCGUAGAUGCACUUUAUAUUUUAAAUCUAGAAUGAAUAAAAUGACUAGCUUUAGAGUAACUAUUUAUUGCUGAAGCGCUUUCAUACAUUUGCACUAUUUGAAGUUUUGGUGGUUGUAAAAGCUAAAUACUGAUACAGGAAAUUUUGACUGAUUAAUGAUUUUCUUAAACUCAAGAAGUAUUCACAAGUAGACCAAUGCUCAUGAAACCAAGCUUUGUAGGAGCUCCCUCCAUUUACAGACCUUUGUCGCAUUAGUUUUUCAACUCUCUUCCCCCAGAGUAUAAGGAUUACCUUUUCUUUAACUUCCUCAGUGUAGACAGCUCAUUUCCAAUGGUAGUUGUUUUUUAGUCUUUAACGGUCUUCUCUGUUGUGUAUUUCAAAGAAGAGACAAAAGCACGGCAUAUGAGGAAUAUUUGUAAAGCAGAUUUCAAAGUGCUGGAAAAAAAAGGUGCAAUAUGUGUCUCGACAGGUCUCUGUCAGGACGUACGCCAUGUGGUUUGACCCUGGAAUAGUUCCCGUCUUGUCGCGUAAUUUGUUUGUUUCCGUCCAAGUUUGUGAUGUCACACACAGUACUGUGUUCAAAGU